UGGUGCGAACAUGUCAUCAAGCGUCCACCGGUAACGCCAAAGUGAAUCGUCUUCGGGUAACGCCAAAACGAGUGACGCCACGCCAUUCUACGGCACGGGAGUGACGAGUCUCCUAUGGUUAGGCAGUGUUAGUAAAUAAAAAACUUCGACAUCGCAUUACCGAUUGUUUCAACACCUUACCAUCGAACUAUCAAUGUUCUUCCUGAAAUAUCGAAAUAUUAAUUGUUAACAUCGGUUGUGAAAACAAGCGCGAAAAUUUGUGAAAUGCUAACUACAAUUAUUAAAAAAAAGAUAAACUUGAAACUUUCAAAUGUUAAAUUAUAGUCAUCGUUAAAAAUAAGUAUAAAGUAUAAUAACUCAAUAACAAGUAAUUGAAUUAAAUAUCUAAUCAAUAGCGAGAAAUUUAGCAGAAAAUACAGAUUUAUAAUCAAACUUAUUUACAUGUACAUCCUACACCCGGAAAUGGUAUAGACAAGUUACCGACAGAUGUUGACACAGAAAUUUAAUUUACUACUGACAGUACCGACUUGACGAUGUCGAUAGUUCAAUAUUUUCCAUCGACUAUCAAUAUAUCGACUUUGUGAAACAUCGAUGUUUCCUUAAAGAAACAUCGAUAGUCGAAGUAUCGAUGUAUAUCGCCCAUCCCAAUCAACAUAAUCACAAUAGGUUCAGUUAACCGACGUUUGUGUGUAUUUGGCAUUUUCCAAUCUGCGAAAGUACGAAAAAUAGACAUGAGAUAUGAUUGAUAAUUGAGGAUUUUUCACUCAUCGUACAUCAAUUUUCCAUACUUGACCUACGAGGAAGCUUAGUUGAAAAUGGAAUUCGAGGAAAGUAAAAGCAGUUCCAAUGACGACUUGAAUGGAUCUCGAUCGCGUUCACAAGCAUCCAGGUCUCCGUCACGGUCUCGCUCCCCUUCAGUGACUAAAUCUAGAUCCACUUCGCCACAGUCUGAAGUGUCUCAUGGAUCUGUUAACCCAGUUACAAGAAGUAGAUCUCGCUCGAACUCUGGUAGUCAAAAAAGUUCACCAGAAAGGUCAAACCGAGGUUCGCCGGUACAUUCUCCAUCAGCAUCGCCUAUUCCAGUUGCAAAUUCAGGAGAGCUUCGUACCCGCUCUAAAUCGCCCACACCAUCACCUCGAAAUGGCUCAUUAUCGCCAGGUUCACGAAAACCAGAUGCUCAGAAUGAAGUUCGAUCCAGAUCAUCGUCUGCAUCCAAAAAAAGUGCAUCUCGUUCAAGGUCCAGAAGCAUGUCAUUAGAAACAUCAGUAGCUGAUAAAAAAGAUUCACAACCUAUGUCAAAGGAAAAUUUGCAAUCUCCAACUGCUUCAGGGAAAAGCUCCAGAUCGUCUUCUAGCUCGAGAAAAAGUUCAAAAUCACCAAUGGUGGCAAGAAAAUCACGGUCCAGAUCAAAAUCGGGUUCCCCGAAAAUUUCCUCUCCCAGAACAGCAUCUAGGUCUCGUUCAAAGUCUGGUUCUAGUAAAGAUGGUAGAAGUAGAUCAAGGUCUAGAUCGAAAUCAAGAGAUGAGAAAGGAGUCUCAAGAUCACAAUCGCGGUCUAGAUCAAGAUCCAGAUCGCGGCAAUCCGCUUCUCCCACGUCUGGUUCAAGAAAACGUUCACUGUCAAAGUCUAUGUCACCUUCUAAGGAUAAAAAAUCUACUUCUCGAUCAAGAUCCAGGUCUGUUUCUGGAUCUAAAAAAACUUCACUCUCUCCAGUUAGAUCCAGGGAAGGAUCUUUAGCCAGCCCUGUAGAGCAAAGGCUUUCUAGAUCAAGGUCUCCAUCAGAAAAUGUAAAGCCUACACGAGACUCUAGAUCCAGAUCUGCUUCUGGCUCCAGAAGAGCUUCUCGUUCACCAUCUGGAUCCAGGAAAGGGUCCCAUUCCAGAUCGCGCUCGAGAUCUGGAUCGAGGACAUCAAGAUCUAGGUCAAGGUCUAGGUCGAACACUCCGAAGUCUACGAGAUCGUUGUCCCAUUCUCAGAGAGAUUCUCGAUCAAGGUCAAGAAGUGGUUCGGCAAAGAAUACAUCGAGACUGAGAACAAGAUCUCGAUCAGGAUCUAAAGCUGCCUCUCGAUCUCGAUCUCGAUCUCGAUCAGCAUCAGAUAAAUCAAGAUCAAGGUCACAGUCAAGAUCUAAAAAAUCAAGAUCAAGAUCACGAUCCGGUUCCAGAAAAUCGAGAUCGCGUUCACGGUCACGGUCUGUAAAAUCCAAAGUAAGGUCAAGGUCAAGGUCCAGGUCUGGAUCAAGGUUACGAUUGUCUGCGUCACGUUCUCGGUCGCGUUCAAAAUCGCGGUCCAGGUCAAGAGCAAGGUCAGGUUCAAGAGUAAGAUCAAGAUCCCGAUCGAAAUUGAGGUCGAGGUCGAAAUCUGGAUCGAGAUCGGGAUCGGGAUCGAGAUCGAGAUCGAGAUCGAGAUCGAGAUCGAGGUCGAGAUCGAGAUCAGUGUCGGAGUCUAGAAAGUCACGGAGUCGAAGCAGGGAUUCCAACGAAGUCCUCAAAAGUCGUAACAAACUACUAUCUGACUCCGAAGAAGAGGGUGACGGGAUCAGGGCUACGAAAAGGACGAACCAUCAGCUGUCUGAUUCGGAAAAUGAGGAGGAAGAUGGCCCAACUGCAAAGAAAGCGAAAGGCUCAGAUAAAGAAGGAGAGCAGGGUCUUGACGAAGAUCAGGAAGGAGAAACGGAAGCAAAACCAAAUGAAGAAGAUAAACAGGUGUCCCAAGAUGCUGAAAAUGAAGAUUCCGAUGAUGGUAUACGUCCUGGUGGUGGAGAAUUUGGCGGGUAUUCUGAUGAUCACAUGUCAGAUUUUGACCGCAUGCUGGCACGGAAAAAGGAGGAGCAGACUCGACGCCGCAAACGGAAAGACAUUACUAUCAUCAACGACAAUGACGACAUUAUCGCUCAGUUAUUAUCAGACAUGAGAAAUGCCUCAGAGGAAGACAGGAAAUUCAAUCAGCAGGGCAAGCCUGCGACAAAUAAAAUUGCAAUGCUUCCCAAGGUGCUGUCUCAACUAAAAAAGCACGAUUUGCAAUUGGCAUUUCUAGAACACAAUGUACUCAACAUUCUCACCGAUUGGCUGGCUCCGAUGCCCGACCGCUCACUUCCAUCUUUAAGAAUACGUGAAAGCAUACUGAAAUUGUUGUGGGAGUUUCCGAGGAUAGAUCAAUCUUCAUUGAAGCAUUCUGGCAUAGGAAAGGCUGUGAUGUACCUGUAUAAACACCCGAGAGAAACUAAGGAAAACAAAGAGCGUGCGGGGAAGUUGAUCAACGAAUGGGCGCGUCCAAUUUUCAAUCUUUCUGCCGAUUUCAAAGCAAUGUCUAGAGAGGAAAGACUACAACGAGAUAUGGAGCAAACACCUCAAAAAAGACGUAAAAAUGACGACGGUGAAUCAUCGCAGAAAUCUCAAGACAUCAAUAGAGCCCUCAAAGGAGAUGCUAAACCUUUGAGGCCUGGAGAUCCUGGUUGGGUGGGCAGAGCAAGAGUUCCUGUACCAUCAAACAAAGACUACGUUGUACGUCCAGACUGGAAAUCUGACGUUGAUAUUAGCCGAACUUCCAAAAAGCAAAUGAAUCGUUUUGAACGACAUAUGAAGAAUUACGUGGAUGGGAAAAGGCUCAAAAAAGCACGCCGAGCUGUCGACAUAUCCAUUGAGGGUCGGAAAAUGUCGUUAUGAAAACAUAAAUGUGUAAAUGUUUUGAUUAAAAAAAAAAAAAAGAAAGGAAAGUACACUGUGAAUGUUAUAUAGGUUAGAUAAUAGACAAUUUCAAGAAGACUACCAAGAUAAUGAUAA